AUGGCGACGCGCAGCGACGCGCCUGAAGUGCGCGAGUCCAUCGAGGCCAAGGUCACCAACGAUGUCGAAAUGACCGACGCACCUGUCGCCAACACCGCCGACACCAAGCAAACCGAACCUGCUGUCACUGCAAAACCACCUCCCACUGACAAAAUGGAUAUCGACGCGGGUGCUGACGCCGACGCCGACGCCGAAGCUGACGCGGACGGUGAAGCGGAUGCAGACGGCGACGCUGACGCCGACGCCGAUGCAGAUGCAGAUGCAGACGCAGAUGCAGAUGGUGAAGUCGACGCAGAGGCUGAUGCAGAUGGAGACCCCGAUGACGGUGCCGCAUCCCCUGUGGAAUCCGAGCCUGGCGACCUCUUGGAUGUCAUCCAAACCAUUAGCUCAACCGUCAGCAACUACAAGGACGAAGACGGUGAAUGGUGGGCGGCUAGUUUCCAACGCAUCCCGAACAAGCGUCAACUGCCCGACUAUUUCGAAAUCAUUGAGAACCCAAUCGCCUUCAGCACCAUUCGCCACAAGAUUCAAAAAAAGCUGUAUACAGAUUUCCCCGAGUUCGUUCGCGAUCUUGCACAAAUUUGCCACAAUGCGCAAGUGUAUAACCGGCCUUCCUCGGCCAUCUUUAAGAGCGCCACUGUUAUCCGAGACCUUUUCAAGAAGGAGCUACAGAAACUUGUUGCCAAAGGCACCGUCAAGUCUGAAGAAGCUGAGCUUCCAGAUCUAGGCGAGCUUCCGCCCGCGGAAGAUUCGUCACCGGAAGCUGAAUCUGAAGAGGACGAAGGAGAGGAGGAGGAGGAAGAGGAAGAAGAAGAGGAUGAAUCCGACGAUGACGGGAAACGUCGACGAAGCAGAAGACGUGGCCGGACUUCGCUCACCAAGCGCCAGCUUGAGGAGGCCCGGGAGGAAGACGAACAUAAGAAGCGUGGUCGCCCUCCCAAAGUCUUGACACCACUCGAAGCACGCAUUCACAACGUUAUCAAGGGCCUACGCAAGUUUCAGUCAGACGACGGUGACUUGCUCAUUGGUCCCUUUGAGAAGCUGCCCGAUAAGCUUGCAAACCCGGAUUACUAUCAGGUCAUCACCAAUCCCAUUGCGCUCGACAACAUCAAGAGGAAUGCUAAGAGGAAGAAAUACUCCACUGUUGACGAUGCGCUCAAGGAUAUUGAUCUCAUGUUCAACAACGCAAAGGAGUACAAUGAAGAGGCCAGUGACAUUUACGAAGCUGCCGCCGAGCUGCAGAAGCAAGCGCGUGAGCUAGUUGCGCAGGAAAAGUCCAGGCCGGAUGACGAAUUCCGCGACGAGGAUGGCAAGCUGCCACUUUCGGAAAUUCAGCACAAUGGCCAGGCAUGGCGAGUCGGCGACUGGGUGCAUAUCCGCAAUGUCAAUGACAUGGCUAAGCCCAUUGUUGCGCAAAUCUUCCGAACCUGGCAAGACCGAGCUGGACAAAGAUGGAUCAACGCUUGCUGGUAUUAUCGUCCCGAGCAGACAGUACACAGGUUUGAGAAGCAUUUCUUCGAGAAUGAGGUGGCAAAGACAGGCCAGUAUCGAGACCACCAGAUUGAAGAGGUGCUUGAUCGAUGCUUUGUCAUGUUCGUUACGCGCUUCAAUAAAGGUCGGCCGCGUACGCUACCAGCGGACAAGGAGGUGUACGUGUGCGAGUCUCGGUACAACGAGGCGACUUGUAAAUUCAACAAGAUCAAGACGUGGACCAGCUGUGUGCCCGACGAAGUCCGCGAGAGGGACUACGAAAUGAAGCUAUUUGAUCAACCGCGGCGGCUCAAGAAGGUGCCCAGCCCCAUCAAACACCUCCUGCAGGCGGAUGCGAAGGAAACGGAUGAGCUACCGAAGCCGACCUGGGGUGCUGCAAACGCACCGCCCAUUAUUGGUGCCGUGCAUCGGCGUCCUCGAGAAUCAAACGAAUCUCCUCCACCUGAGCCCACGCCAUCGCCGCCGCCCAUGACCCAGGAGCCUGUGCGACGCCCUUCAGUCCUCCAGGCGAUGCGCCAGACGCCCAGCGACAUGUCGAUGGGUAAUCCGCCUACGCCUUACGGCCACGGAAUGGGAGCUGCGCCGUCUCCUUCGCCAGCGAUGUAUGCUCAGCAGUACACGCCUCAGCAUGCUUCGGCAUCGCCAGUCGCGGUGGGCCAUCAAACGCCAGUGCCUCUACCCCAAAUUCCUCACCAGCCGUCUCACUCUCCGCAACAGCCUAUCCGCCCCAUGUACCAGCAGCAGGGAUUCGCGCCAAGCCCGUUCCAGCACCAGCACCAGCACCCGCACCCGCACCAGCAACAACAACAGCACCCACAGCAUCACCAGCAGCACUCACAACACCCGCAGCACCAUUCCCACCCACAGCAGCAGCACAUGCACCCACAGCAGCAGCACCACCACCACCAACCUCCUCCUCCGGCGCCCCAGUUCCAGCAGCACCACCAGCUCCCGCACCAGCACCAUCAGGCCCAAGCGCCCGUCCCACAGCACCACCAACAGCACGGCCACCACCAAAUGCAUCCACAAAUGAUGCCAGCAAAUCCCAUGAGCGGCCCGACCUACAACCAUCAUCAAAUGCAGCCUCAUCCCGCUGCAGCCCGCACCCCCAUGGCCAACACGCCCAAUACCAUGCAGCCGGCCAAUGCCUACAACCCUCCCAGGCCUCCCGAGGUUUUCACCCUGGCUGACCCCCUCAACGACCAGAUUCCAGAAGAGGUGCGCAGCCAGUACAACAGGGACGAGAACGGCAGAAUCUUUUUCUACUCCUCACCGCCCCUCGCCCGCCCCGAACACGGCCUCGCCCCGGACAACGCCAACUCGGGCCACAGCCUCGCCUACCUUGCUAAGAGCAACCCAGAAUGGCUGGUCCAACGCACUUCCCGCGCCAAGCCCUUUGCCUUCGCCAAGCAAAAGGAAUUGAAGGUCAAGAUGGCCAUCGACAAGGUCACCGAACCCGCCAAGGCCAAGACGGGUGAUGAGCUGCGCGACUGGGCCGCCGAUUCCUUGGUCCGCUACGUCGAGGCGCAUGCCCACGAGACCAGUCGCAUGCGCGACGACGGUGACUUGGAUGAGCACGAUCGCCUCAUGAAGGAGCAGCGCGCCGCUCACCGCAAGAAGACCAGAAAGGAGAUGGAGGAAGAGGAGGAACGAGCCGAUGAGGCCAAGCGAGCUAACUACCUGGAAGAUAUUUACUUUGUCCAUUCCAGUCUGCGCACGCCCAAGCCUGCCCACUGA